UGACACAUGCGUUGUGGAUCAAACUCGAAGUGCUUAAAGUCCGAGCGAGACGCGAGAGCACGACAUUAUCGGAAGAUCUCAGGUAGAAGAUUUCCUGACAAAACCUGAAAAAAGAAAGAAAUUAUCAGUUACUACAACUAUGGAUCAAUGGCUUGUUUCAUAUUAGAAUUUAUAAGCAGUAAAGCCUUCAUAGUUAAAAUCGGAUGUUGUCUUUGAAGCUUGUUGCUUGCAGAUCUCUGAAACAGCCAUGAAGAUUUUCUAGAAAUGUUUAUUAACAAAGAAUUAGAUUUGGUUGCUGCAGACAUUAAUCUGGUAUCACUCUUUUUCAAAGCUGAGACUUUGAUUUGACUUAGAUCCAAUAGGAACUGUGUAUUUUAAGCAUUCUCUGUGUACUUCUGUCAAAAACUGUUCUGGUUAGCUUGUGCUCAUUGAGUACACUAAAUGUUUGUAAAUAUUAAGAGCUUAACUUGGUAGCAAUAAUUUUUUUGUAUAGUUAAAGUGUGGAACAACUGAUUAUCUCAAAGGGUUUAUCGUCCAUGCCGCAUUGAGGAGACCGAAGUAAUUCUGUUCUCAGAAAGCAUGCGAAGGCCUGUUAUCUGUGGGGAUGCUAACAUUAUAAAAAUGACAACACCAAACCAGCAAAAUCAUGAAACUGGCUGUGAAAGCCAUAUGGAUCGAUUUCGGAAGUUUCUUAGUUCUUCCCAAACCAGAAGAAAAACCUUUGGAGUUCCUUUAGAAGUCUUAGUAGAAAGAAACUCUUCUCAGAGUUCAGUACCUUUUGUGGUGAACAGGCUUUGCCACUUUAUUCUGGAAAAUGGUUUAAAGCAGGAAGGUAUAUUUAGAAUAGAGGGGAAUGCCCACUUGAUAGACAAACUGAAAACUGCUUUUGAUCAGACUGGAGAUGCUCUGUUAGAAACAGAAGGUGAUGUGCCAUCUGUUGCCAGUUUACUGAAGCUCUUCUUUCAAGAACUUCCAGAGCCUGUCGUCCCUGUUUCACUGUGUCCUGAAUUUCUUAAUGCAGUUAGAGCUUGUGGAACUUGGCGAGAGGAAUGUGCAAGGAGGUUGAAGUGCCUGCUGGAAAAUAUGCCUUUUGUAAACUUCAACCUUUUAAAGUACUUCUCACAGUUUUUGCAAGAAGUUGCUAGCUAUGAAGAUCAAAACAAAAUGGGACCAUUAGCUCUUGGUAUUGUUUUUGGACCAAACAUUUUCAGAUUUUCUGAUGAUAUGAAAGGCAUUAAAGAUCAAUCAGUGACUAGCCAAGUUAUUGGAUAUUUUAUUACUGACUAUUAUGCGAUAUUUGAUGUUGACUCUGAAGUCUAUUUUCCAAAGACUUCAGGUACAAAGCAGGAGAAGGAACCACUGGAGAUAAAGAAAAAAUCUUCAAAGCUGUUGGCUCCUACAGAUUCAGAAAAAUCCAAGACACUGUCUAUUAUUUCAACUCCAGUUAGCCCCUCUGUAGCAUUUGAACCAUUGUCUAUUGUUAUACCCCCUUUGGAGAAAUAUAUUGCCCAAGAAAAACAGAUCCCCACUUUGGUUGUGGACAGAGUUGGAGAAAAUACCAUUAGCCAUAGAGUAGCCAAUUAUGUCUUUGGGGAACAAGUGAAAGACUUGGAGUUCAUUUGUCUCAUAAAAGGAAGCAUAAAGAACGUAGACCAUCAGGAGACAAGCCAAAAAGUCCAAGGUCAAACUCUGAAGAACGUAUUUUGGAUUGGGGAUCAAGUAGUGGAGAUAAGUAAUGAGGAAUAUGUCUAUAUUCUGUCAUAUGAGAGACUUUUUUUUUUUAAGAACAAUAUAUCAUUAGUACAGUUAAUUUUCUUGAACAUGUGUAGAGUUCAUGAUAUAGCUGACCCAAAAAAACAGAUAGUUGAUUUAAGUCCCCAUCCACCUCAUGCAAAACGUCGGGAUGUCAGUGGUUCCAAGACCUGUGAUUUGCCUGUUGAAGUUGAUAGCCAGCCAAAUAAAUCAUCACAACAACAGGAUGCUAAUGAUGUACAUGAAGCUCGAAGAACUGUUGAACGUCUUGCUCCAUUUCACAGAUCUUCUGUUGGUAAGAUAUGGCGUUCUCCAAGUAGAACUUUAUACAGAAGUCUAGAUUUGGAUGGUAAAGGUCAAACAAAAACAGAAGGAAAGGUAAUAAAAUAUAGUAUUCCUGAUGAACUGACAACUAGUGUCAGUUUGUUGCUAGAUAGUGGUUCUCCACUUGUUCAGUCUGACUCGGUUACUUGUAAAGAAAAUGUGCACUUGACUGAUAAAGUUCGUAGAGAUCAGCAUGAAACACUUGAACAAUCCAAAGUCUGUGAUUUCCGUAGCAUGUCAGGAAAUAAUUUUAUUGACAGUGGGAUACAUCAUACCAUGAAGGAUCAACCACAUUUUCAUAUUCUUGAUAAAUCCAGUAAUAACCAUCAUUAUCAUCGUCAUCAUUGCAAAGAAAGGACCUCAUAUCACAUUGAAGGAUGCUUGUCACAUCCAAUGCUGGAAUUACAUCCCAUGGAAAGCUAUUAUUUUGGACAGGGUGGAGAAGAGCAGAAAAUCAGCUCUCCUGGAGAAAAUAAUGUGUUGAAAGAUGCUUCAUCACUUGUGGAUUUCACUUCUCUUUAUGAAAGAGCAGAUGAAACAGUACCAGAUUUAAUGAACCUUAUUGAGGAUUUAAUCGAUGAACAGUUACUUAUUCAGAAUGAAGAAUUUGAUGCUUUUAUUCUAGAAGCUUUUCAAGAUAGUUUUGAACCAGUACUGUCAGAGCAUCGUCAUAGUUGGCCAUUAGUUGGGCCUGGUCGUGAAGAUACUGCUGCUCUUUCUCCAUCAUUUCACUACCUUCAAAAAUCAAAUCCUCGAAAGUGGCGAGAAGAAGUGAUAACUGUGAAACAAGUGAACAAGAAAGUUCACAUGUUGAAAAAGAAAAUCAGAAAUUUUGAGGAAAUAUUUGAAUUGGAGCAUGGGUUUAGGCCAUCUCAUGCAGAAAAGAUGAAUUAUACAGAAAUAAAAAAUCUACUCAUGGAGCUGAACAAAGCCAGGAAAGACCUGAAAUAUUUGAAACAAGAACAUCACUUGGAUCAUGUGGAAGGAGUUGCGAGGUUUCACAUGAAGAAUGAAAUAAUUUCAGAGGAAUGGAAUGACUGCAAAGAGAUGGAACUUAACAACACUUUAUGUAAAGAAAAACUAAACAAACCAACAUUGGAAGAAUCAUUACAAGUGGUUCUCAAAGAUUUAUCGGAGAAAAGGCAAUUAGCUCAGAGACCUGAUGCUAUAGAGGAAAUGUCUAAAGAACAAGUAAUGGAUGAGAAAGUUGCUAUCCAAAAAGCUCUACUUGGGUUUGAGAGCAUUCAUGGAAGACCUACUCCUACUUCUGACAGAGAGCUGGUUCGCCCUUUGUAUGAACGAUAUCGUACCAUGAAAAGAUUAGUUACAAGAAACAGUUUACUAGGAGGGUUUGGAGGGAAGGGAAAAGACACAGGUUCUGAGUUACAGCCAAUUCUGGAACAUGUAGCUAUGGAUUUUACAUCACCUCAGCCUCGAGAGGAAGGAAUGGUUUGUGAAGAAGAACUAACUUGUGUUCCAGUGACAGAAAAUCAUGUUCUAUCUGCUGACCCAGUGAUGGAGUUGCAAGUAGUAAAAGAUGUUUCUAUAAAUCUUGGUAUCACUGAACAAGACAUUAUCAAGCAAUCCAAGUCUGUUGUCCUUCCAAAAUAUGACAGUUCUAAUUUGCAUGAGCUUCCUUUGUAA